GUGACUUCUAUCCACAAAGCAAUCUCAGCGCGCAGCGCUUCCUAGCUGCUCUCCCGCUUCGCACAUCCAGACAACCACAACACCACCAUGUUGUCGCUCCCAGGCCUCAACCUAGCCGCACCCUCCUCCGAACCCACCACAACCUCCAGCGCGACUCUAGCGCGCCCACAAGACCUCCCCGCCAAUACUGAGUACCGCUUCGAAGUCGCCUUCAACCGGACGCUGAGCAUAAAGCUCGUGACCGGCACAGCAGAGCUCUUCGGCACCGAACUCGCGCCCUCCUCAGCAUACACGUUCACGGGCACAAAGGCUGCGAUAUACACAUGGCACGGCUGCAAGCUCGAAGUGACGGGUGAGGUGGAGAGCGAAUACAUCGCCGAGGAGACGCAGAUGACGAGCUAUGCGAAUGCGCAUUUCGCGCUGGAAGAGCUGAGGGAGAGGGCCAUGUCAGCGACGCAUAACGGCAGCGCAGACCUCCAUGGCGGGCCGAGGGUGCUGGUGGUUGGACCUGAGAACUCAGGGAAGACGAGCGUGGUCAAGAUAUUGACUGCGUAUGCGGUCAAGAUGGGACACCAGCCCAUUGUCCUGAACCUCGAUCCCAAGCAAGGCUUCCUCGGCGUCCCUGGUGCGUUCUCAGCUGCAGCGUUCUCCAGCAUCAUCGACAUUGAGGAGGGAUGGGGCAGCUCGCCGAUAUCAGGCCCGAGUCCGAUUCCGGUGAAGAUGCCGCUCGUAUAUCAUUACGGCCUGGCGAACACUGAGGACGGUGCUGGACAGAAGCUGUUCAGGCCGUUGGUGACGAGGAUGGCGCUCGCGGUCACGAGUCGGUUGGAGGAGGACAGCACGGCGAAACAGGCUGGCUUCAUUGUAGAUUCCCCGGCUUCCAUUGCUCAAGGCAAGGCGGGCGUUUACGAGAACAUAGAGCAUAUAGUGUCUGAGUUUUCAAUAAACGUCGUCUUCGUCCUUGGCAGCGAACGCCUCUACUCAGACCUCCAACGCAAAUACACGGCCCGCGACCCCAGCGACCCCGUCCACGUCAUCCGCCUCGACAAGACUGGCGGCGCCGUCGCGCGCGACGAAUCCUACAUGAAGUCCCUCCGACAGGCGCAGAUCCGCGAGUACUUCUUCGGCACGGGAGACAACACCCUAGGUCCCCAUUCGCACAUGGCCGACUUCGCAGACUUGAAUCUGUUUAGGAUCGUUGAUCCGGCAGAGUCGACGGCAAGUGCGCCGGCAGGGGAUGAGUAUGAUAUUUAUGGGACGGGGGCGGGUGUGGGGUCGAUAUAUGAGAGGGUGACGCCGUCGUCGUCGAUACAGAAUUCGCUGUUGGCGGUGACGACGGCGUCGGCGAACGAGCCGCAGGAUAGUAUUAGAGAUUCGAGCGUGAAGGGGUAUAUUUAUGUGGCGGAUGUGGAUGAGGCGAAGAGGAAGGUGAGGUUGUUGUCGCCGCAGGCUGGGCAGACGCCUUCGACGGCGAUUUUGUUGGGGUCUUUCCCGGAGGAUGUUCCUGGGCUUGUGAGCUGAUUGAAUUCACUUGCGGGGUAUGGGGGUGGUAGUGUCCAUCUAGGCUGGGUGCAGUCUAUAGAUGCAUAGUUGAUUUCAAUGGGUAUAUAGCU